UCUACUCUCUCUCUAUAGCUUUGAUUAUCGUUCUCUCGGUUUAGGCCCUCUCACAGAUUCAAACCUUAGGCUCGCCCAAAUCCAUCUAGUUCUUAAUGAAACUCGCAAGACCCAUUUCCAGGAUCUUCAGCACCUACACAACGACCCAAAAAUCAGAGCGAGUAACUAAGAAUUCAAUCUCCUUCAAUCCCAUCAAAGAGCUUCAUGCCCACCUCAUCAGAACCCACCUUUUCACUGAUCCAUACUCAGUUUCUGAGGUUAUCAAGUCCUAUGCACUAUAUUCACCAACUUUGCCAAAAGCCCACUUCGUUUUUAACAAAAUUGAGUGUCCCACAUUGGUAGUUUGGAACCAUAUGAUUCGUGGUUUGUCACAGAGUGAACAACCUAGUAAAGCAAUAUGUUUUUAUAACCGAAUUUAUCACGAAGGACUUGCCGGGGAUAAUUUGACCCUUAUAUUUGUUUUCAAGGCUUGUGCUAGAGUUUCUGAUAUUGUAAAUGGGAAGAAGUUUCAUGUUCAUGCUUUGAAACUUGGUUUUGAAUCCUAUCUUUUUGUUUCCAAUGCUUUGAUUCAUAUGUAUGCUUCUUGUGGUGAUUUGGUUCUUGCGAGGAAACUGUUUGAUAAAAUGGGCGACAGAGACUUGGUUUCUUGGAACUCUUUGAUAUGUGGGUAUUGUCAGUGUAAUAGAUUUAAGGAGGUUUUGGGUCUUUUUAAAGCAAUGCAGGUGGCAAAUGUGAAGGCCGAUAAAGUGACAAUGAUGAAAGUUAUUUUAGCAUGUAGUUAUCUGAAUGAAUGGAAAAUCGCAGACUCUAUGGUUAAGUAUAUUGAAGAGAAUCAUGUUUUGGUUGAUGUUUACUUGGGGAACACUAUGAUAGAUAUGUAUGGACGGCGUGGUUUAGUGGAUUUAGCACAGGAAGUAUUUGAUAGGAUGCGUGAAAAGAAUAUAGUUUCUUGGAAUGCCAUGAUAAUGGGGUAUGCCAAAGUGGGAAACUUAGUUGCUGCACAGAAAUUUUUUGAUGAGAUGCCUAAAAGGGAUGUGAUCUCUUGGACUUCUAUGAUCACAGGUUACUCUCAAACUAACCGGUUUGCUGAUGCAGUGAGACUUUUUAAAGAAAUGAUGACGGCAAAGGUGAAUCCGGAUGAAAUAACGGUAGCUAGCGUGCUUUCUGCCUGUGCCCAUUUAGGAUCACUUGAUGUUGGGGAGGCGGUUCAUGACUAUAUCCGUAAGCAUGGUGUAAAAGCAGAUGUUUACGUAGGAAACUCUUUGAUAGAUAUGUAUUGCAAAUGUGGGGUGGUUGAGAAGGCUCUAGAAGUGUUCCAAGAAAUGAAAAAGGACUCCAUCUCAUGGACUUCAGUGAUUUCUGGUCUUGCUGUGAAUGGUUUCGCAGAUUCGGCACUUGAGCUUUUCUCACAGAUGUUAAGAGAUGGUGUUCGGCCAACUCAUGGAGCCUUUGUUGGGGUUUUACUAGCUUGUGCCCAUGCUGGAUUAGUAGAUAAAGGGUUGGAAUAUUUUGAAAGUAUGGACAAAGUCCACAGACUCACUCCAGAAAUGAAGCAUUAUGGGUGCGUUGUGGACCUAUUGAGCCGCUCUGGCAAUCUGGACAAGGCAUAUGAUUUUAUAAAUAAAAUGCCUAUGGUUCCAGAUGUUGUGGUAUGGAGGAUAUUGUUAAGUGCUUGUAACCUUCAUGGACAUAUGGUCUUGGCAGAGAUUGCAAGAAACAAGCUUCUGGAAAUGGAUCCUAGUAACAGUGGGAAUUAUGUUCUCUCCGCAAAUGCUUAUGCCAGUUCAGAUAGAUGGGAUGAUGUUAUUAAAAUGAGAGAGUUGAUGGUAGAAAGCAAUGUCCAGAAGCCAUUUGGUUGUAGUUCCAUCGAAGUAAAUGGUACAAAAUUGUCUAACUCCCAAGACCUGUGCCUUAUUCAAUCUUAAAUGAGGAACCAUCAUGUAUGGCAUCUCAAACUAUGAACCUCACCAGAACAUUUCAUUUAGUGCAUUGUUAGUGUUAGUAAAACCAAAUGAGUAUUAACCAUAGCACUAAAUAUCUGGAGGUCGGGACCUUACCCACAAAUCAACCUGUUUGCCGCUGGGACCAAGAUGUUUUUUGUUUUAUCAAACUGUCAGCUGUGUUGGUGCUGGAAAUUAUUUUGGAUAGGGAACCAGCGGCGUUUGGGAUUUUGGAUUCUUUUGAGGGGACAAAUUCUGAUGGAUGUGCCCUGCACAGACUUAAAAAUGGGUUGGUUCUACAUUACAGGAAGUUUUGAUAUAGUUCCAGCAUUUGACAAUAAGAAACAGCAACAAUAACCAAGCGUUGGUCCCAAAAUUUGGGGCUGGCUGUGGAUCCUCAACAAAAAAGUCAAGGUGAGAAGUGUCAAUAAAAUUCCUGACAAAGUAUACUAGGGUGGUAAAUAUUUGGGGACAGAAUUCAACCUUGGUAAGCUAUGGAAAAAGGUGGUGAUAACAGGAACUACGCUAGGUAUCACUGUGGAUUGGGCAUUUAGAGUUGAAGUCCUUUGCUUGCUUGUUACCUUAUAGAGCAUCUCCAAAAUACAGUUUCCAAGAUAAUCAUAAUCAAAUGUAGAUUUUAUGCCAGGGUGGUGCGUAGUUGGGGAAAUAUGAGGCACAGGUACAUUGAUUUGGGAGGACUUGCUUCUCCAAAAAACAUAUUUCUGCUGUAGAUCACUUUAGCAGCUCUAGAGGUAGCUGCUUAUUUGAGUUUGUUAGACUGCAGUUAGGACAAACUAUAUAGAAGCUCCAGCGAUGGCUCCUAAUAGAGGCAUUAGACUGCAGUUAAGACAAAGUAUUGAGCUGUUGUUGGUUGGUUGCUUCAAACAGAUUAGUCAUUUCAUGUAAAUAGUUCAGGGUUGAGUUCCUUGUUUCCUGAGAAUAUUGAGGAAGAGUUCUCUGUUUGGUUUGUGAGAAGACCAAGCAAAAGAACUUUGAAAGAAAUAGAGAAUUCUUCGUUGCAUUUGUAGUAUAGCUGGAGAAAUGGAUUGCUCCUUUGAGGUUCUGCCUGCUUGCUAUACCUUAGCUAUAAAUACCUUUCUAGUAAAAUUUUACAAUUUCUUUUCUCCUCUAGAUAUGCUUGAGCAUUGUAAUUUGAGAGUUUGAUUGUAGUCCUCACCGCGUACACCCCCAGUGUACUUGGAUUUGUUUUAUUUCAAUAAAAAUUUUCGUUACUUA